CGGAUCCUCACCAUGUUCGCAGACGAGCUCAAGACAUUGCGGAGACUCGGUGUGCGGCAUGUUUUACUCCAAAUCCUGAACUUCGCAUCUGUGCUCGCGACCGGACUUAUGAUGUGGAAAGGUCUUGGGCUCAUUUGUAACACGGAGUCACCGAUUGUUGUUGUUCUCAGUGGUUCUAUGGAGCCCGCGUUCUACCGCGGCGAUCUACUCUUCCUCACGAACCCCGCUAGCGAACGGUAUCACACGGGUGACAUAACCGUCUACAGGGUUCCUGGCGCAGAUAUACCGAUCGUACAUCGCGUUUUGGAGACACAUGAUGUUAUUUCGAAAGACAAAGGAUAUGUUUCUGCGAGUCCUCUGGGACAGAAACAACUAAUCUUGACGAAGGGUGACAACAACCCGGUCGAUGACAUUGACUUGUACCAAGGGCUAGAAUGGCUUGAGCGGAAGCACAUUGUAGGGAAAGUGCGAGGAUUCGUACCAUAUGUAGGAUACGUGACGAUUGCGAUGAACGACUUCCCGCAGCUGAAAUACGCUAUAUUAGGAGGUCUCGGUCUAAUGGCCCUCGUACAGCGCGAAUGAUCCCUCCAUUUCUCUUCUGGGCUUCGAUUGUACACGUAGUUCUUCAAUGCAUCAGUCAUCGGGUCGUCUUGGGACUCCGGGAUUCUUCUUGCCAGAGAAAGCCUCGGGAGCUGUUGACGUCGCCGCGAUAACUCUAAC